CCUGCUAUCAUUGGUUGUUACGGAAGUGACCUCAUCAUAACGCGACUAGUCACGUUAUCGAGUCCUCAUGAGUUCAUAACAUUUAAUUCUUCAGUAAGGCCCGUUAUUAGUACGUAUCUGUCACAUAGACUUCUCUUCUCAGUCAUGGCAGCAGAGGGUGUGGAAAAGGUGAGUGAUGAUGCUCCAGCAGCUGGGAAGGUCAGCACCAGGUAUGACCUGGAGAAGGAGACUGAACUUCGUUUUGAAGUGGAGGCCGGGGAGGCAGCGGAGCAAGUAGAACUGGAGCUCAUUGUGGGAAUGGCUGAGGUGUUUGGCUCAGAACUGAACCGCAACAGGAAGUACACAUUUGGACCAGGCUCCAAGAUUGCCGUUUUCACCUGGCAAGGCUGCAGUGUGAAUCUUUAUGGGAAGCCAGAGGUAGCUUAUGUGUCCAAGGAUACUCCCAUGCUGCUCUACCUGAACACACAUGCUGCCCUUGAACAGAUGAGAAAACAAGCAGAGCGAGACAAUGAAAGGGGGCCAAGGGUGAUGGUGGUUGGACCUACAGAUGUGGGGAAGUCGACAGUAUGUCGGCUGCUGCUGAGCUAUGCUGUAAGGGUGGGCAGGAGGCCAACACUGGUGGAACUGGAUGUUGGACAGAGUGGGGUGUCUGUACCUGGGACAGUGUCAGCACUGUGCAUCGAGCGUCCAGCAGAUGUGGAGGAAGGGUUUUCAGUCCAAGCUCCUUUGGUCUACCACUUUGGCUCUACUACUCCAGGGACCAACAUCAAACUUUACAACAAGCUGACGUCAUGCCUGGCUGAAGUGUUUUCCCAGCGCUGUGAAGUGAACAGGAAGGCCAGCGUGGGAGGCUGCAUCAUCAACACUUGUGGCUGGGUGAAAGGCUCCGGAUACCAGGCUCUGGUCCAUUGUGCCUCUGCCUUUCAGGUGGAUGUGGUGCUGGUGCUGGACCAUGAAAGGCUCUACAAUGAACUCAAACGAGACCUUCCUCACUUUGUGCGUGUUGUGCUCCUCCCCAAAUCUGGUGGGGUGGUGGAGCGCUCUAAGGAGUGCCGGCGUGAGACUCGAGAUGAGAAGAUCCGUGAGUAUUUUUAUGGCUUCCGUGGAGUGUCAUUCUACCCUUUUUCUUUUGAAGUGCGUUUCUCAGACGUCCGCAUCUACAAGAUUGGGGCACCGUCCAUCCCAGACUCAUGCUUGCCGCUGGGAAUGUCUCAGGAUGACACGCAGUUAAAGCUGGUCCCUGUGACACCAGGGCGUGAUCUCACAUAUCACGUUUUGAGUGUGAGCAGUGUGGAGGAUGGAGACGAAGGCGCUAGAAAGAGUAUAGUGGAGAGCCCUGUGUGUGGCUUUAUUGUUGUUACUUAUGUGGACACGCAAGCACAGGUGAUGAAAGUGUUGUCCCCAGCACCUAGACCACUGCCCAGACACACACUGCUUAUCAUGGACAUACGCUUCAUGGACAUGAAAUGAAGUAACACUUAGGAGGAGAGGACGUGGUGGCAAAAGAAGCAGAAAUCUGGUGAGGGAGGAGUUCUUUUCAGAAGAAUUUUAUACAAGAGGAGUUGAAUUUUGUUUCUUAGAUAUCUUUUAUGCACUUUGUAAGGACUACAAAGAGUAUAACAGAAAAAUAAGUUUAGAAAUUGGUAACUGCUGUAAAAUCUACACCACUUUAUAGACUAUGCUGUACAAAUGUUUGGUCUGUUUGUGGCAAAUAAUAUUUUUUCACUGUAGGAAUCAAUUUCUUGAUAAUCUGUUUUAUGAACAUUGUUUUUUUCUGAGUAAUAAAUUUUUUAAUGUA